GCAUUCUCCAAAUCACAAAUUUGCAAAUUGUCUCAAGUUGGGGAACAAAAUCCGAAUAUCCAACAAUUCCCUCCCAAGUUCGUCAACACGGUGGAGAUGAAUCUUACACCAACUUAAUUCCCACAGGACGUACGCCCACAGAAAGCAGGACAAAAGUAGUCGUCAUGCAAGCGAGUGACGCGCCAUUCUUGAGGUACAUCGGAAAACCUGCCGAGCGUGGAAAGUUCUCCAGGUGUCGGAUUGCGCCUGAAUCCUGCUGGCCCGACUAACUGCCAGUUAAGAGUUAUCUGUUUCAGCACUCUAUACGUACAAGUGAAGUGGUUCGAGUACGAAGAUAAACGUCGUCUUUGUAUCAGUAAUCCAGCCCGUUCAAUCUUAAAAAAAUUGCAGGGGUUGUUGUUUCACGCCAACUGGGAAUUUGGAGAACACCAACAUUAGGAGAAGGGCUGUCAAUCGGUGCGUUUCAAUGGGACUUUUUAGCAAUUCUAAAUCCAGCAAGGACGAAUCGUCACUCGUCAGGUUAGGCCUAACACGAAUUUUAGAAGAACAUAGGGUACGGUGACUGUGCAACCGUCCUGUCGCUUCCGGCAAUAUUUACGCAACUUACAUCAUCCGGGGGCAGAGAAACGGACGGAGCUGUUUCGGCGUUUGGAGAAGUGGAAGCCAUUUCGUGUAGUUGUCAACAACCCAAUUUCACCUCCCCAACAUCGAUUAUAUGGAAUGAGAGGAAGAAGGAAGACGAAGAAGAUCGUCAAUGAAUCCAAUCAGAUUACAAGGAAGCCGUCUUCGUGUGCUCAAGAGGGCAGCUUCCACUCUAGGGAAGGUCCACACUGCCGGAGCUCCGUUUCAAGCUCGAGACCGAACUCCCAUCUUUUUCAGGCACGAUGGCCUCGUCAACCGGUUGUGUAAUGAGAACAGAUUCAAGGAAGCCAUCGAAGUCCUGUGCAGAGAGCGCCGUCUGAGGGAGGCCGUGUCCAUUCUUGACAGACUCGAUGCUUCAGGCGUCCGCCCAACUGCUGCAAUCUACUCCACGCUUCUCCAAGCAUCCCUCAACCAGAGGGCUCUCAAAGAAGGCAGAGCCGUGCAUGAACAUAUGGUCAGUUCUGGGUUUCAAGCUGGCCUCUUCCUUUGUAACCGAAUGAUUGACUUGUACUCGAAAUGCGAGAGUUUGGACGAAGCGCGUCAAGUGUUCGAAAGAAUGCCUGAAAGAGAUGCUUGUUCAUGGAACACCAUGAUCUCUGGGUAUGUAAAAGCGGGACGGCUCAAUGAUGCACGCCGGCUUUUCGAUGAAAUGCCCGAGAAGGAUCAUUUCUCCUGGAGCACAAUGAUGUCUGGCUAUGUCCGGCACGAGCAGCCCCUUGAAGCUCUGACCAUGUAUGGUAGGAUACAAGAUGAGGAAGCCAAAUCCAGUAAGUUUGUUGUUUCCAGUGCCCUCACCGCCUGUGCCAUGCUUCAGUCACUGAAGCAUGGGAAAGAGAUACAUGGCCAUAUAGUGAGAAGUGGUCUGGACUCCGAUGCUGUAGUCUGGAGCGCCCUGUCCGACAUGUAUGCCAAAUGUGGUAGCAUCAAUGAAGCACGCUAUCUCUUUGAUAGAACGUCAGAGAGAGAUGUAGUUUCAUGGACAACGAUGAUUGGUAGGUAUGCCCAAGGUGGUCGAGGAGAAGAGGCUUUAAAGCUGUUUCGUGCAAUGUUAGGAUGUGGAGUUGCGCCUAAUGACUUCACAUUUGCAAGCGUGCUAAGUGCUUGUGCAGGCCAGGUAGCAGAAGAACUAGGGAGGCAGGUUCACGGACAUAUGACCAGAAUUGGCUUUGAUCCAUGCACAUUUGCAGUAAGUGCACUAGUGGAUAUGUAUGCAAAAUGUGGGAACAUCGAAAGAGCAAGGGCAUUGUUUUCAAGAAUAGAAGAUCCAGACUUGAUCUCGUGGACUGCUACGAUCUGCGGCUGUGCUCAAAAUGGUCUUGCUGAAGAGGCUCUCCACUACUUCGAACGUUUAAUGGCUUCCGGAACAAAGCCAGACCAUGUCGUUUUCGUUGGCGCACUUUCUGCUUGCACUCACGCCGGUCUGGUUGAUGAAGGACUUGAAUUGUUCCAUUCCAUGACUAAAACUCAUGGCAUAGGGAAAACUGCUGAUCACUAUGCAUGCAUAGUAGAUCUCCUGGGCCGAGUUGGUCGUUUCAAAGAAGCUGAAGAAAUCAUCAAUAGCAUGACUAUCAAGCCCGAUAAGUUCUUGUGGUCAUCUUUGCUUGGUGCAUGUCGAAUUCAUGGAAAUCUUGAGUUAGGCAAACGUGCAGCUGAAGCUCUGUUUGAGAUAGAGCCCGAGAAUGCAGCGACUUAUGUCACGCUAGCUAAUAUUUAUGCAGCCGCUGGCAUGUGGAACGAAGUCCUUGAAAUUAGAAAAAUGAUGGAUAGUAGAGGGGCCGUUAAGAAACCGGGUUCUAGUUGGAUUGAAGUAAAACGUCGCGUUCAUGUGUUUCUGGUAGGCGACCGAUCGCAUCCCAGAACCGAAGAAAUUUAUCGUGAACUAGACGAACUGUCAACUAGGAUGAAGGAAGAAGGAUAUGUUCCAGAUACGAAUUUUGUAUUGCAUGAUGUUGAGGAAGAGCAGAAAGAGCAGAACUUGUCCUACCACAGUGAAAAGCUUGCUGUUGCCUUUGGGAUAAUUGCGACACCUCCAGGAGCGUCGAUCAAGGUUAUCAAGAACCUUCGUAUCUGUGGCGACUGCCAUACUGCCAUUAAGUUCAUUUCGAAGAUUACAGAGAGGCAGAUCGUGGUAAGGGACUCUUCCCGAUUCCAUCAGUUUAAAAAUGGGCAAUGCUCUUGUCGAGAUUUCUGGUGAUAUGGAUGCCCAUUUUCCCUUGACAGUGGGGAUGUGAGUUAAACUAGUGAUGGCCUUACCAGAUAGAGGAGAUGGCGGAAAUCGAAGUUACUAGAUUCGUGAGGUUUUCACGAACACCAUGAUUCAUGAAUUAGCAGAAGGCCGAGGCCCUUCUCUUGUUGAGAAUGGGGAUUAUGGAUUGAGGUCUUCUCCUUCGCACCUUUGACUCAUCCGGAUCCAAAUUUCCAUGAAGAGGGGCUAAGAAUGUUAAUCCUACAGAAAAAUGACUUUGGAUUCGAUUUUUUCUUUUCCAUUUUCUUUGCGGGGAUUGAUGACGGAAGAAAAAUCUGCUGGUGAUCAACUAUCGAACCCCACAUGUUUCCCACCAAUCUCGUCCAAUAAAGAAUAAUAUUGUGCUAACUUAGAAAGUCUCUGAAUGUAAUCAUGAAGAUGGUUGGUGCUGCAACAUCAUGAUCUAUCGCUAUCCCUUUUAUACAUUGAAUUUUAAUGGAUAUCUUUUCAUUUUGUUAAUGACUAUUCUUUCA